AUGGUACUUGGCAAAGGAAGUUUUGGAAAGGUCAUGUUGGCUGAGAGACGUGGAUCUGAUGAACUCUAUGCUAUCAAAAUUCUGAAGAAGGAUGUCAUUAUACAGGAUGAUGAUGUGGAGUGCACCAUGGUGGAGAAACGUGUCUUAGCCUUGUCUGAUAGGCCUCAUUUCCUGACACAACUUCAUUCUACAUUUCAAACUGUGGAUCGCCUUUAUUUUGUUAUGGAAUAUGUGAAUGGCGGGGACCUGAUGUAUCACAUCCAACAGGUUGGCAAGUUUAAGGAGCCCCAUGCCAUGUUUUACGCUGCUGAGAUUGCCAUUGGUCUCUUUUUCCUCCACAACAAGGGAAUCAUCUACAGGGACCUAAAGCUGGACAAUGUUAUGCUGGAUGCUGAGGGACACAUUAAAAUCACUGACUUUGGAAUGUGUAAAGAGAACAUUUUCAGUGGAGCUACUACUCGCACCUUCUGUGGAACUCCAGACUACAUCGCUCCAGAGAUUAUUGCAUAUCAGCCUUAUGGAAAAUCUGUUGACUGGUGGUCCUAUGGAGUCUUACUGUAUGAAAUGCUUGCAGGACAGCCUCCAUUUGAUGGUGAAGAUGAAGAUGAACUUUUCCAGUCCAUUAUGGAGCAGACUGUAUCUUAUCCAAAAUCUAUGUCCAGAGAGGCUGUCUCCAUAUGCAAAGGGCUGCUUACGAAACAUCCACUAAAACGCCUUGGAUCUGGCUGUGAUGGAGAACGUGAUAUACGAGACCAUGCCUUUUUCCGCUGGAUAGACUGGGAGCGUUUAGAACGUCUGGAAAUUCAACCACCUUUCAAGCCUCGUCCUUGUGGGAAAAGUGGAGAAAACUUUGACAAAUUCUUCACCCGAGCUGCUCCAGUCCUGACACCUCCUGAUCAACUUGUUUUAGCUGGCAUUGACCAGAGUGAAUUUGCUGGGUUCACCUUCAUCAAUCCAGAAUUCGUUCACAGCAAUCCACAUAGCCCUGUGCCCAUAUCCCUGGUGUGA